AUGACCAACAUACACCCAUCGUGGAAACAAGUCGGGGACCAUUUCGAACAGGAAUAUGGAUUUCAGGAGCAGCUCUACGCGAACAUCGCCGUGCCCCCGGGGCAACGAGGCCUCUUCCUCGGCGGGAGCUACGUGAGCUUCAAAUACACCGGAGCAGAGAAAGACGUCACGCCCCUGUUCCGACAGGCAUGGGUGCAGAUGCGACACCGGUAUCCCGCGAUCGCGGCCUCGGCGACGAAGCGUGGCAAAGUCUACAAAUCCCCUAACAAGAAAGAGCUAGAGGAAUGGUUGGAGCACACCUUCAAAGUCAGUCCAGAAAAGACCAGUGCAGAGCUCUUCCGGGACAUGAGGAAGACGACGCACGUGACGCUCAACUACCUACCAGAGUGCAACGAGCUCUUCAUGCAGUCGGAGCACCUUCAUCUGGAUGGCGGUGGGGUCAUGUGUCUCUGGGACGACUUCUUCCAAGCGGUUGUUGCGCCAAAAGAGGUCGUGUUUGGAGACGAAGUCCCGAGACUGCCUCCAAGGUCGGACGAUCUUCUGGAUCUAAAGGAAAAAACACCGGGGCGAGGACAAGAAGUCGCCAUGUCCAUGCUGGCGCCACUGGACGUCGGAGAAGGCGAAGCCAUCUGCAUGCCCGUGGACGUCACGCGCGCCCCUUCACGGUGCUUCACCGCCGAAUACAAGUUUGACCUGCGCACCUCGACCGCCAUCCUGCAGGCGUGCAAGAACAGGCAGGUCACCGUGACGGCCGCGUGGCACGCCGCCAUGGCCAUCGCGACCCGGAACGUCCAGGCCGGCGUCACGGGGCGCCCGGGCACCAAGUUCGCGGGCUUCACCAACUUCAACCUCCGGGGCUACUUCCCCAAGUCCGCGGACUCGUACACGGGGACGGUGGGGAACCACUACACGAUCCUGCCCUUCGUCGUCGAGCCGGAGGCGUACUCGUUCGACGAGACGGCGCGCCGGCUGACGGCGUUCUACCGCCGGGGUCUCAAUGGCCAGCCCGACAUCUGGGCUGCGCUGCAGCCGAUGAUUGAGACGGUGUUUCCUGACGUCACCGCCCCAUUGACGGACACCACGCCGGCGGUCUCGAGCUUGGGAAACAUCAGCCAGUUCAUCCGGACCAAGUACGGGUCUGAGUGGGAGAUCAGGGAUGUGUGGGCGGCUGACACUGUCACGGGUCCCUGGAUCGACUGCUUUCUCUGGGCUUGGAGGGACAAGCUGGUCAUUUGCAGCUCCUACAACACCGGUUUCUAUACCCCUGGAGACGUCGAGGGGUUCAAUGAGAAGAUCGCAUACGAGUUGAUGCAAGGACUGGGCUUGUAUGACCAGCCGCCCAUUAGCCGGCUGAUCUAG